AUGGCGUCUAUGCUCAUAUCUUUGGCGCAUUUCUGUGAUAAGCAUGGGCCAAGAAUUCUGAUGGUUACGCAGGCAGGUUCACCUGGCUCUACAGGCGAUGAACUGCUGGUCCCCAACUAUCCCACUGAUUCCUACUGCGAGUCCUGCUCGAUGUAUUUCCCUGGUGAUUUGCACGGCGGAGUACGCUCUAUGAAGAGCAAUAUUGCCAAUCGUUGCUAUGUCUCUACACAAUAUUCAUCGGUGCGAUAUCAGCUUCUGACCUUGAUCAUUCGAAGGUGCUUCUCGGAAGAGACUAUGACUUACGAUGGGACUCCGGUGGUCUUCUACGAUGAUCUACGUGGGCUGAACUUGAUGGUAGGGUUCAAGUUGAACGAUGAGAAUGCUCGUGGAAAUGAGAGAAGGUACUGCAUGAUAUUCACAAUUGAUUCGAAGGACCAUAAAACGUCGAUGCGGCGAAUAUCUGAGAAUUGGAACUUCAUAACCGGUGGGUUUGGUCGGAUGAUAUCUUAUAUAGCAGAGGCCCAUGAGAGGGAACUGCGCAGACAGAACACGUUGAGGGAUGAGCAAUGCUCCUUUUCGCUACUUGGUGGAUCGUACCUGAGGGGAAACAAGGUUAAGAUACCGCGAAGACUCUCGGAUUUGACAGAUGAUAAGCUCUUGUUUGUGAGAAUGCAUCGCUGGAACUCUUUUCUUCUCGAUUCGUGUCUCAGAAAUUAA